AAAACGAGUGAAGUUCUUGGAGUUAGUAAAAAAAGAAAGAAAGAAAGAGAGAAACAGAUGCCGAACAAUAGUGGCAUGCUCUGAUUCUUAUCUCUUAAACACACUUCACAGUCACUUCUCUCAUUGGACCUCUCCCCCUCACUCCCUCGUGUUUUUUAUAUGUUGUUCCUCUCAGAAUCUCUCCUUUCUUUGCACAAAAAUUGUCUGUAACCAAAUCACAAAAAAGACCCACAAUUUUCCUUUUUUCAAAUCCCCAUUAGUACAAAACCUUACCAACCCAUGAAGUAAAGUAAACUCCUUUCUUAUAAUAAAUAUCCAAACUCUCUUUUGUUCUUAUUUUCCAACUUCAUCAGUCUCUUAACUCAUCACAAGAACAAGAAAGAUGAAGAGAGGACAUGGAGAAACAUGGGAUCCACCACCAGCUUCUCGUUCCAGAGAAGGUCCUUCAAUGGCGGAUAAGAAGAAGGUUGCUGAUGACAACAACAACAUGGAUGAUGAGCUUCUUGCUGUUCUUGGUUACAAGGUUCGAUCUUCUGAGAUGGCUGAAGUAGCACAGAAGCUUGAGCAACUUGAGAUGGUCUUAUCUAAUGAUGAUGUUGGUUCUACUGUCUUAAACGACACUGUUCAUUAUAACCCAUCUGAUCUCUCUACAUGGGUCGAGAGCAUGCUCUCUGAGCUUAACAACCCAACUUCUUCGGAUCUUGACCCGACCCGAAGUUGUGUGGAUAGAUCCGAAUACGAUCUGCGAGCAAUUCCGGGUCUUUCUGCGUUUCCAAAGGAAGAGGAAGUCUUUGACGAGGAAGCUAGCAGCAAAAGGAUCCGACUCGGAUCCUGGUGCGAAUCGGCUGGUGAGUCAACUCGGUCUGUGGUGCUCGUUGACUCUCAGGAGACCGGAGUUAGACUCGUCCACGCGCUGGUGGCGUGCGCUGAAGCGAUUCAGCAGGAGAAUCUCAACUUAGCUGACGCGCUCGUUAAACGCGUGGGAACACUCGCGGCUUCUCAAGCUGGAGCUAUGGGAAAAGUCGCUACGUAUUUUGCUCAAGCCUUGGCUCGUCGUAUUUACCGUGAUUACACGGCGGAGACGGACGUCUCAGGCGGCUCCUUCGAAGAGGUUUUGCAGAUGCACUUCUACGAUUCUUGCCCUUACCUAAAAUUCGCUCAUUUCACGGCGAACCAAGCGAUUCUAGAAGCUGUCGCGACGGCGCGUAGAGUUCACGUCAUCGAUUUAGGGCUUAAUCAAGGGAUGCAGUGGCCUGCUUUAAUGCAAGCUUUAGCUCUCCGACCCGGUGGUCCUCCGUCGUUUCGUCUCACCGGAAUCGGACCACCGCAGACGGAGAAUUCAGAUUCGCUUCAACAAUUAGGUUGGAAAUUAGCUCAAUUCGCUCAAAACAUGGGCGUUGAAUUCGAAUUCAAAGGUUUAGCCACUGAGAGUUUGUCGGAUCUAGAACCCGAAAUGUUCGAAACCCGACCCGAUUCCGAAACCUUAGUGGUUAAUUCGGUUUUUGAGCUUCACCGGUUAUUAGCCCGAUCCGGUUCAAUCGAAAAGCUUCUCAACACGGUUAAAGCUAUUAAACCGAGUAUUAUAACGGUGGUUGAGCAAGAAGCGAACCACAACGGAAUCGUCUUCCUCGAUAGGUUCAACGAAGCGCUUCAUUACUACUCGAGCCUGUUUGACUCGCUCGAAGACAGUGGUAGCUUACCGAGUCAAGACCGAGUUAUGUCAGAAGUGUACUUAGGGAGACAAAUACUAAACGUUGUUGCGGCGGAAGGAUCCGAUCGGGUCGAGCGACACGAGACGGUGGCACAGUGGAGGAUCCGGAUGAAAUCCGCUGGGUUUGACCCGGUUCAUCUCGGAUCUAGCGCGUUUAAACAAGCGAGCAUGCUUUUAUCGCUUUACGCUACCGGAGAUGGAUACAGAGUUGAAGAAAAUGACGGUUGUUUAAUGAUUGGGUGGCAGACGCGACCACUCAUCACAACCUCGGCGUGGAAACUCGCCGGCGGUGGCGAGUCGCGGCGGUAGAGAUGACUUGCAUGAAACCUGGAAAAUAAUAAAUGUUUUAAAAAAUUAGGAAAAGAGACCGUAACUUUAGUGUGUUUUUACUUUUUAGCCCGAAGUUUUUGUGUGUUUAACCGUUUUGCCUAAAUGUUUACAACUUUAUCUUUUUGGACCUUGUGCGUAUCUUUGAGAACGAGUAAAAUCUUGUAUCGUAGAUCGAGCCAAGUAAGUUUUCAAUAAAUGUGGAAGGAUAAUAAACGAUUCUGUAUGUUUUU